AAAACUACGCAUGCGCAACGAGAAUAUAAACACAAACAAAAAUCAAAAUACACCACUUGCAAUUUCCGUUUUUAACUUUUCUACAAACAAAUGGUAAAAAGACAACAACAACAACAGCAAAUGGCUAGCAGACCUUCAAGAGAACAACAACUGACUAACAAAAACCACUGAGACAAGUAAAUACAAAAUAAAGUAUAAGUUAGUUGGAUAUCGUUUUAGCUCUUUUCUUAAAACCAGGUUUUCAGUUGAGUUUAAGACAUCAAACUGUGAUUUUGUUUUGUGACGACCAAAACAGUAAAACGUUGCUGACGUUAAAAGAAAAAACUGUAUAACAAAAACAACAACGAAAAAAGUAAAACAUUUAAAAAAUGUGAAAGUAAAAUGGAAUUUUAACAUAAAAUAAACCAAGAAAAUUGUUUUUAAUUAAAAGAAAAUUGUAAAUAAAAAUUAUAUAGUUAAGCUUUAAAAAAAAUACAUAAUAAUUAAAGGGGGAGACACAAAAGAUCAGCAAAUAAAAUGUUAAAUAAACAAAAUUAUUUAAAUUUAAAGCUAUUGUUGUUGGUAUUAUUCAAUAUUGCAUCACAAGUUACGGGCCAACAAUUAAUUGCUUAUAUAUCACAACAUGGUCUACAUGGCGAAAUAACAUUUCGUCAAGUCAACUCUAGUCAUGUAGAAAUUAAUGCCGAUCUUGAAACUACACUUCAGUAUCCAGAUCAGGUUUGGAGUUGGUCGGUACGCAAGUUUCCCGUCGAUUACACUAACACCGAUACAAAUGAACGUUGUGAACUCGAACGUUUAGGUGAUGUUGUGGUGACUUUUGAUGAUGAUUUAGAGUAUUUAAUAUUACCCGGUAAUGAGACCACUACAUGGUGGAGAGAAAUGCAAUUGAUUGGCGACAAAGGUAUUUGGGGUAAAUCCUUAGUACUCACCGAAGUGUCACGAAAUGUUCGUGUUUGUGCCACCAUCACAACCAUACAAAUGAAUGUGGAGCACAUGGCUGAGGCGCGUUUUAACACACCUAUAGCAGGUUCAGUCUAUUUUCGUUGGUUAGCACCCACCGACGGUUCUUUGGGCGAUACGUUAAUUUACUCCGAUCUAUAUCACAUUCAAUCGCAACCGGCAAAUAUGUUUAGCACAAAACCAAUGACUACACAUCAUUGGAAAAUAUAUGUCACUGAUAUCUUCAAAUAUGAUCAUCAUCGUACCGAAGAUAAUUGUAAUUUUCUACAAUUAGUUUUCGAUCCCAGCGGUGAGGGUGACGGACAUGGUAUUGGUGAUUUGGAUAGUCGUUUGGGUAAAAUACGUGUGGCAAAGAAUGCUUUAAAAGUACCCCAAAGAGUCGUAUUUCGAGAUGAAAAGUUGGCUUUACUGCCUUCGGAUUUGACAAUACCGCAUCGUACUUUGUAUUUGGUUUUGUUCGACGAUCAACAUCCGGAAAACUAUUUGGCCUGUACGAAGAUUAGAGAUGUUAAACAAUUGAAUUAUAAAACUUUUAUCAAUCAUGAGGGCAUUAAAGGAGAAAUUACCAUGACUCAACGUUCCAAAUUUGAUCCAACCUUCCUUAACUUUUCUAUAAACACAGCCGGGGAACAUGCUCAACAUAUAGCGCGAAAAUUUGCCGAAGAUGUAGCUGCUUUUCGUAUACAUACUUUACCUCCAGUGCCCCUUAAAAUGGGUAAACCGGAUUACUGUGAUUCUACUGGAGCUCUGUACAAUCCCAGAGAAAUUGAAAAAUCUCAAAUACCACCUGCUGGUUAUGGUACCCAAGAUCAAUAUCCUGUAGGAGAAGUAAGCGGCAAAUUACAGAGUCGCAAUAAAAAGUAUUAUCAUCACUCAUUUUUGCCGGGCACCAGUUCAGAACUAAAUGGUUUAUAUUGGGAUGUUUUUCUACCUCUACAAGGUUUAGAUAGCAUAGCCUAUCGUAGUUUAAUGAUAUAUCAUUACAAUCGCACUAAUUUGGAGAAUAUAACCGAGCAAGUAUGGAGUUGUGGCACCAUAAAUCAAUAUCAAAAGAAUGGCUAUCAAAAGCAAAUGUUUACGGCACAAGUCUUAUUCAGAUAUCCUAUAGUUGGUCGGGUACUGUUUCGCCAACCAGCCGAAGAACCUUGGCAGGAUACAACAGUGAUAUUCGAAUACAUGAUACAUGCAGAUGGUUCUACACAAAAUAAUACUUUCUCUCAUCGUUGGGCAAUACAUAGUAGCGCCCCCGGUAAAGAUUUCUAUGAUUGGCAAAAUCGUUGCAUAUCAACGGGUAAUGUUUUCAAUCCGUAUAAAGUUGAUUGGGGUAAUCGUUCAGUGGAUGACUUCUGCAGCCCACGAUUACCUGCUAUGUGCCGUAUAGGGGCUUUAGAUACACGUAUUGGUACUUUGAGUAUAGCGGGCAGUAAACGCAAUGCCCAGGAAAUAAGCCGUUUAAUAUUUACCGACACAAAUUUGCCUCUAUCGGGAAGACAUAGUAUUUUGGGUAAAUCCUUGGUGAUCUAUGAUGAUUUCGGUCCCAAGGCAAGAGGAGAAAGAUUGGCUUGUUCAAUUAUAAUUGGCCAUUAUAAACGAAAAGUUGUGGCUAAAGAUUGGUAUGCUAAUGGUGAUGAAUUAACUGUCUCGGGAAAAGUGGAGAUUACCCAACAAUCUGAGUAUGAUAUCAGCAAUAUCGAAGUACAAUUUAAAGGACUGGAUCAGACCAGUGGUUAUCAUAUACAUAUGACUCCCGUUGAAGCCAAUUUAGCUUUUCCCUGCGAAGCCUCUACUUUAUACGGCCACUUCAAUCCGUAUGGUAUUAAUCCCAAACAAUCUCCCCCGCCACGUCAGGGCAGUACCGAACAAUAUGAAAUGGGUGAUUUGAGUGGUAAAUUUGGUACCCUUGAUUCUCUGACCCAAUACGAAGAUGCAUUCAAUGACACCAAUUUACCUUUGUUCGGCAUUAACAGUGUCAUUGGUCGUUCUGUGGUGAUUCACAAGAAAAAACGUAAUGCUCGUUGGGCCUGUAGUACUCUAGAACGUGGCUAUGCUCCUAGUGAAGGUCGAGAAUUGCGAGCUAUUGCUUCGUUCCAUCAUCCUACUGGUUAUGCUUAUGGUUAUAUUAAAAUGACUCAAUUGGUUCAUAACGAUGGCAGUCAAUCCGAUACAGUAAUUGAGGUUAAAUUAAGGCACCCGGGUAAAAAUGAUAGAAACAUGACCCAUAAUCACAAUUGGCAGAUAUUUGUAAAUCCAGUAGGUGUCGAUGCUGCUGUUAAACCAACAAAUACACGUUGUGUUGCCGGUGGUUAUGUUUGGAAUCCAUAUUUUACUCAACUGGCGGAUCCAUUGAAUCGUGAUUUAUAUGAACGUGAAUGUGGACCCGAUAAUCCUUUACGUUGUUAUGUUGGUGAUGUGGGUGCACGAUUGGGAACAAUUGAUCUUGGUGGUGAACGCAGAGUUUAUACCGAUUCAAAUUUCCCGCUUGAAAGGCCCGUUGGAGCUAUAGGACGUUCUAUAGUUAUCUUUGGUCCUGACUUUUCUGGAGAAAGAUUUGCCUGCGCUAAUAUUGAACCAGAUCAUAAUGUUUUCAAAUAUGUUAAUUUACAAAAACCUCCCAGAUUUGUGGUGGCUCAAUUUUUGGAGGAACUUAGAUCUGUUAUGGGCAUACCGGAAUGGAUGUUAGAUGUUGAUGCUCGCAAGACUAAGGAACUACAUGGUGGCAGCUGUAUACAAAUGAUUAUACACUUUAAGGGUCCCAUAGCUCAUCGUUUAGAAUUGGAUAUGUCACGUUUGAUUGCGGCUGGUCGUUUAGAUGCUCCCAGUCUUUAUAUACCUGGUUAUGUGAAUACCAAACGUAAGGCCACCAUUUCGUAUCGAACAUGUGGUGUAAGAGAUAUUAAUGAAAAACGUAACAAAUCAUUUAAAGGCGGUAGUAAUUCGGCAGGCAACAUUCAGCAGCCCGCAAAAUUGUUAAUACUCUUCGUUUUUAGUUGUCUAAGUGUAUAUUUAAGAAAACUGUUAUAAUUUGUUUAGUCAGAAAUAUAUAAAUACAUAUUUUUCAAACAAUAAAAAUUAAAAAUAAAUACUCAUAUAAUAAAUUUUAUACUGUACAUAUAACUA